AUGAGCUUGCAGUGUUUAGGUGGAAGAAUGGAUAACAAUAAUGGGACAAAGAUCAAAAGAACAAUACUGCAUGAUCUCUAUGAGAAGCAAAGACAGAGUCCUUACUAUGACAAUAUCUGUAUCCCUGUUUCAGAUUUGCAUCCAUUGAUUGCUUCUGGGAUCAGAGGUGUCACCACCAAUCCUGCGAUUUUUGAAAGAGCUAUAUCAUCAUCAAAUGCUUACAGUGAGCAGUUGAGGGAAUUAGUAGAAGCAGGGAAAGACAGAGAAAAUGCCUACUGGGAAUUGGUUGUGAAGGACAUACAGGAUACUUGCAAACUCUUGGAGCCAAUUUACAAUGAAAAAGAUGGGGUAGAUGGAUAUGUAUCUGUUGCAGUUUCUCCCAAGCUUGCAAAUGAUACAAAAGGCACAAUUGAGGCUUCAAAAUGGCUUCAUAAAAUGGUUGGAUAUCCAAAUGUUUAUAUUAAAAUUCCUGCAACUAAUGAAUCCAUCCCUUCUAUGAAGGAGGUUAUUUCUCUGGGAAUAAGUGUAAAUGCCACUCUCAUAUUCUCCCUCCCUAGAUAUGAAGAAGUAAUUAAUGCUUACUUGGAUGGCCUUGAAGCUUCUGGCAUGAAUGAUCUCUCCAAGGUUACAAGUGCAGCAGCUUUCUACAUUAGUAGAGUGGAUACUAUAAUUGACAAGAAACUUGAGCAAAUUGGCACCUCUGAGGCUCUUGAUCUCAGAGGAAAGGCUGCCGUGUCUCAAGCAGUCUUAGCUUAUCAGCUUUACCAGAAAAAAUUUUCUGGUCCAAGAUGGGAAUUCUUGGAGAAGAGAGGUGCCAAGAAGCAGAGAUUGAUGUGGGCCUCAACAAAUGUGAAAAAUCCAAAUUAUCCUGACACUUUUUAUGUUAAUUCUCUUAUUGGACCAGACACGAUUUCAACAAUACCAGACCAUGCUCUUCAAGCAUUUAUGGACCAUGGUGUUGGUUGUAGAACCCUUGAUGCAAAAGUAUCAGAAGCUCAAAGCAUUUACAAUGCAAUUGAGAAGUUGGGGAUUGAUUGGAGUUCUGUUGGAUCACAACUGGAACAUGAGGUGCUGAAUUCUUUCACAAAAAGCUUUCACAAAAAGCUUUGA